GGCAAAAUGAGGCUGAUCUAACCCGCCCAUGACAACCAUCACCAACCCACACACAAACAGCGGCGGCAGCAGCUCACGAUCACAUUCACUCACUCAACAUGAAAACAAACGCGCUUUAAACACUUUAAAAACUCUGAAACUCACCGAGAUCGAGCCCCGAUGACGUCACCGCGGCAGAAGAUCGACUGAACUGGUUUAUUUCAUAAAUCUGUCAUGAGGAGACUUUAACAGGUGACCUGAAGGCUGAAGAUGAUGUUUUGCGUCGACCCAUCGGAGCAGUGACAGACAUGAACGGGAAAGGCUGUAAUCUGAUGGUUUCUCCCUCCAGUAUGGCUCAGGUACCUCAGCUGAGGAUCCACACGGGUCACUCCUCUUCCCCAUCACUCCAUCCCGACACCACAUCUGGAAACUCGGCCCUUCUUCCCGCGCUGAGUCUCCGCCGGCAGGUGCUGACUAAUGGGAAGUUGGGCUUUCCGCAGUCAUCACGACAUCAAGCUCCGUCGCUUUCACUCCCAGCAUCCUCUUCCAAACAAUCUGUUCGACCCAGCUGCACGGACAAUGGUACGAAAGGUUACUUGUCAGUGGGGAUGAACAGAAACGUUUUUGGGCCGUACGGCAGUUCGAACCUGCAGGUGACGAGCAACGCCAUGCUGGUCCACAGUCUGGGUCCGGUUUCUCCAUCCAUCCCACAAACUUCAGCCCAAAACGCUCCACCUCAUUCACUCGCUGUUCCCUUCACUGAUGCCAGGUGUUUGCUGUCCAGAGAAUCUUUAGCCUCGACCACCCUCAGCAUUGCCGAGACACAGUCGAUUCGCAGCAGUAAGUUGGACUGGCCGUACGGAUACCGAGUUCUGCCUCCUCUGGGGCUUCAGCAGGCAUCAGAAGCAGCUGAUCUGAAUCUGGUUCCCUGCACCUCCAUGUCUGAAUCCGUGUCCAACCCCACAUCUCUUCCUCAUUAUCUCUUCAAGGAGGACGGCAGCAGUCCGCGACUCUCGGCCCGCUCCAAAAAGAGAGCGCUGUCCUUGUCUCCUCUCUCAGACGGCAUCGGCCUCGACCUCAACUCCAUCAUCCGAACCUCACCCACGUCGCUGGUGGCGUAUAUAAUCGGUUCUCGAAACUCUCCAACUCCUUCACCUCUGCAGUCGGAUGUUUGCGGACACCUGCUGGGCAUCAGAGGCAGCUGCAUCCCUCAUCCUAAUCCUGGAAAACACGUUAGCACAAACAAGAGCGUGUGCGUCCAGACUGACACCGAGAGUUUCCGCAUGCAGCAUUUGGAGGCAACGCCACUAGAAGAUCAAUUCACCAAUCUAGUGGUGAAGCACCAACAGGAGAUCCAGAACAAAAACACAUCUAACAGCCUGUCACCUUCAAUACAGCUUCAGUUUUCCGCCAUAAUCAGGACGCCCAGCCCGCCCAGAGGUCCUCCACCGCCCUAUAACGCCCAUCAGCAUCUGCGAUGCUCUCACAGUCAGAACCCAAUGGUCAUUCCUUCAACUCUCUGCCCAAUGCUGGAGGAAGAUGAAGAGGAAGACGUGAGUGGAGGACACUGCUGCCGCUGGCUGGACUGCGGUGCAGUUUACGGCCACCGAGAGGAGCUGGUCAAGCACAUCGAGAAGGUCCAUGUUGACCAGCGCAAGGGUGAGGACUUCACCUGUUUCUGGGCUGGAUGUCCACGCAAACACAAGCCUUUCAACGCCCGCUACAAACUCCUCAUCCAUAUGAGGGUCCACUCAGGGGAGAAACCCAACAAAUGUUCGUUUGAGGGCUGUCAGAAGGCGUUCUCCCGCUUGGAGAACCUGAAAAUCCAUCUGAGGAGUCACACAGGUGAGAAACCCUACGUAUGUCAACAGCCCGGCUGUCAGAAAGCCUUCAGCAACUCCAGCGAUCGUGCCAAACACCAGCGCACGCACGUCGACACGAAACCCUACGCAUGUCAGAUCCAGGGCUGCGGCAAACGCUACACAGACCCCAGCUCUCUGCGCAAACAUGUCAAAUCACACUCCUUGAAGGAGCAACAAGCCAGGAAAAAGUUGAGACGCAGUCAGGACGGACUCGCAGAGUGUUUGACGGUUCAGCCGCUGCAGCACAGCCUCUCGCCACUGGACCUGAUUGAGACCAAGCACCAGUCACCCACUGAUGAUCUCUACACUGUUUUCACCCUAAACCAGCCCAGCCAAACAAACACCCUAAUGCAGAUCCCAGCCGGUCCACAGACUCAUCCGGCUCCAAACGUGCCGCUGCCUCCUUUACAGGGUAACAACAGGUGUAGGGUUCCUGUGUCGUCUUCAUCACCUCACCACAGUCUGACCCUAAACACUCACAAACUGCCCAGAUACUCCAACCAUCCUAGAACAUCCCAGCCUGCGGUUCAGGACAGUUUCUCUGGUGAUGCCCGGACCGUGUUCUCAUACAGUGACUCACCGCAGGCCGCCAAGCAGAUUUCUUCCUUUUCCAUGAUGCAGAUGCCCAUGUUUGAGGACAAUCUGGUCUCCUCAGACGCGUCUCAGCCCGAGCUCGACCUGCUCCACAGAACCAUCACUGUGUUUGAUUGCCAAUCCGGACCGGAGGGGUUUUUGGGAGAGCAGCUGCCUUCGGUGUCCGAGGACAAUUAUCUUCACAUCCCGAGAUGCCCGAGCCGGACCUCAUGUGUCUUUACUGAAGGAUGAACACUUCCUCUCCAGCGGAUCAUCAACCCAACCUGUUAUUUCCAAUGUGUUUGUGUUGUUUAAAUCAUUGAUGAAGAACUUUCCUAAAGGACACUUGAUCAUGUGAGAAAUGGACUUCAGAUGCACUAAAGUAUUUGGACAUUUAAGCCAAACUUAAACUGUAGAUAAAAUAUCAAAGCAAGCGUCUUCAUCUGUGGAUCUUUUUUUUUUUUUUUUUUUUAAACCAGACAAACUUCUUUUUGCCAAAUGUUUAGCUUAAAAAGCAUGUUUGUGCAUCUUUCCUUACAAUAAAUGACACAUGCUUCGAUGUUUUAAAAGUAACAA